AUGGGCCUCAGAAGUCUCCUCAAUCAGCUUCGGCUACAUUUUCAUCUUCUAUCCGCCCACUUUUCUAUUGCUAACUCGCAACAGGUCUGGUUUUCGAACCGAAGAGCAAAGUGGCGGCGAGAGGAAAAACUGAGGAACCAGCGAAGAAGUGGAGAGCCGGCGGUGGGUCCCUCUUCAACCCCUCCGCGGCUCAACCCGCCGGGGUUCAACAGCAUGUACUCCUCCAUCGGGCAACCUAUCUCCACCGUCUCCGCUGACUCCUACAGCUCAAGCCUCUCAUCGAUGAGCAGCUCGUGCCUGCAGCAGGCGAGGGAAGGGUACCCUUACAUGUUCCACGACCCCCUCCACUCCUUGUCAACUAGCUACAACAGCAGAGUCUCCUGCAACCAAGCUACGCCCUACUCCAACACACCCGCACCUCCAACACCAACAACUGGUACAGUUAUAUACUACGGUGCAUGCAUAAUAGUAGGCUCUAUUAGGUAUCUCUGGGUUUUUCCAUCAAGUGCCAUAUGUUUAUAUAUUAGUCUCCUCGGUUACUACAGGUGUCAUCUCAGCGGGUGUGUCCGUCCCGGUCCAGAUUCCCAGCCAGGGGCCAGAGCUUCCAGCCAACUACUGGCCACGGCUUCAGUGAUCCCAACUAUUUGGCUUUCAUCACCACAUCCUGAUGGAGGAAGCCCACAAUGA